AUGCUGCGGGUUCUUGAAAACAGCAAUUGUUUUGAGCUGCCCUGUAAAACUGUUUGCUCCCAGGGUGAUCACGGCUAAGCAAUGAUCAGUGUCUUUAUUUACUGUCUUAGAAUUCUACAUAUUUGUGCAGCUAAAGGUAUGAGGGCGUAUGCGUUGGCAGCUGCAGAACGAAUGAAAGAGAUGCAGAGACUUGAUGCCAAGGAGCACAGAGGAAAGACUCCUCUGCUGGUGGCUGUCACUGCCAGGCAGCCAGCUAUUGUCUACGAUUUGAUCCAGAUAGGAGCAGAUGUUAAUGCUGUAGACAACAAAGGGCAGUCAGCUUUGCACCUCGCUGCAACGUAUGGGUUUGCCCAGGUUCUCCAGGUUAUAUUGUCACUAGGUUUCCCUCUUGAUUUAGAAAUGAAGGAUUUUGAAGGCCAUACCCCGCUGCACUGUGCUGUCCUGGCUCAUAACACGCUGCUGCGGGAGCAGCGGGGUCACUGCUUCACGGUGGAGCAGCAGCAGAGGAAUUUUCAGCACCAGAGCAAAGAGCUGGAGUCCUGUAUCCACCUCCUGGUACAGACAGGAGCCUCCAUCUACAGCCGGGAUGUGAAAAGCAACAAGACGGUUCUUCACUAUACAGUCCAGGAUGGGAACAUCUUUCUGCUCAGAUACUUCUUGGAGCUGAACCCCUUCAAGUCCAAGGAUUUUGUCAACAGCAAGGCUCACGGGAACACAGCUUUGCAUAUGGCAGCUGCACUGCAACAUGACAAGAACCAGAAAGAAAUCAUCCAGUUGCUCCUUGACCACGGGGCAGAUCCGAGCAUCCGAAACUUAGACAACGAUCAGCCAGUCCACAUGGCUCCUUCUGGGAAGGCUGGGGAUCAGAUUAGGCAUUUGCUGAAGAAAGGGAGAGUUGCAUCUGCCUUUGUUUCCUGUCGCCGAAAUGCCAGAUCCUAG